UUUACUCAGACACACACAGACAUACACACACGCACACAUAGCCUACACACCAGCCUAUGAGGGAGGGCGGGCUCAGUGCACUGGGAAUUUCUAUCUACCGUGCUCCACAGUUGACUGUCUGAAACAGAGCAAGAAAGGGACCAUAGUAGAGGACUGCGAGAGGAGGACAGCAACACACUGAGAGAAAAAGAGAGGCAGUGAAAGAGAAAGAGAGACAGAGAGAGAAAGAGAGGCAGCGAGUGCUGAAACAUUAAGGCGUAGAGGAGAGGAGAGAGCGUGUGUGAAUGCAAGGGAAACAGAGUGAAAAGGGAGUAGUGAGGAGGGAGUUGGAGCAUUAACGAGAGGGACUACAGCCUUCUUUUAGAGAGGGAUGAACAGACGUACAGGCACUCUCUGAGAGAGAGAGAGAAAGAGAGAGACUUGGAGCCAGCGUGCUGAAAGGAUAACAGAAUUGGACUGAGUGCAAUCUGUCUGCUUCUCCUCUCUCUCUCCCACUCACAUGCACAUAUACUCGCACACACAUAGGCUACCCACACCCACACCCAGCCUUUGGUGUCUGCUCCUGGACCUUGACUACCUUUGGUGUGUGUGAGUGUGGAUGCGUCCACGUGUGCGCUUGUGUCUGGGGGCGCCGCCACCACCACUUGCUGACUAAGCCAGCUCCUGUCUUGGAAGCGGUAUAGUGAGAGCUGUUUUUCGUUUGGGCUCCCUUUCUCUCUCUCCGUGUAGAGUGUUUUUUUCGUGUCGGGGUGGUGAAUUUUACCACUCGUCCUUCUUCUUCCUUGUCUUUUGUGGAAAGUGUGUGAGUGCGGUCCAUGGCCAUCAUCAUGUUCCGCCCGCUCCUGCUGGUUGUUAUGGCGCUGGCGACGAGCAUGCUGGCCCGCGCCUGGAGACCCUCGCAGCCGCGACUGCAGUUCACGCACUCAGAGCUGGUGAGGACGGGGCGGCUGCUGUCGUUGCCGCUGGCCGCUGGCGAUCUUUACUCCCUCCUGCCGGACGAAGAUGGCCGCCGCCUCUACGUGGCCAUGAAGGACAACCUGCUGUCCACUAACCUGGACGACAUCACACAGAGCCCCCGCAAGUUGUAUUGGCCUGCCAGUCCGGACCGCGUCCAAGAAUGUCUGAUGGCAGGAAAGGACCCUGAGCUGGAGUGUGGCAACUUCCUGCGUGUCCUUCAGCAGUACAACAGCAGCCACCUGUACGUGUGCGGCACCGGAGCGUUUAACCCUCGCUGUGCCUUCCUCCACACCGGCGUCUUCCUCAAGUCUACAGAGCAGCAGACUCUGCAGAUGGAGCAGACGGAGAGUGGCAAAGGCAAAUGCCCGUAUGACCCCAACCAGAGGACAGCCACCGCCAUGAUUGAUGGACAGCUGUAUGCUGGCAUAUCAUCUGACUUCAUGAGCCGUGACUCAGCGUUUUUCCGUAGCCUGGGAGAGGGCCACCCGGUUCGCACAGAGCAGUAUGAUCCAACUUGGUUACAAGAUGCCCAGUUUGUGCAUGUGUCCCUGAUGUCUGAGAGCGAUAACCCGGAGGAUGAUAAGGUCUACGCCUUCUUCACCGAGCGCGCUCAGGAGGCAGACGGCGCUGCCGGCAAAGUGCUGUACUCCAGAGUCGCCCGGGUCUGCAAGAAUGAUAUCGGAGGGCAGCGGAGCCUGGUGAACAAGUGGAGUACCUUCCAGAAGGCGCGCAUGGUGUGCUCUGUACCCGGCCCUGACGGCAUCCAAACACACUUCGACCACCUCCAGGACAUCUUCAUCCAGCACGGGAGGGACAAGAAGAACCCCCUCAUCUAUGGACUAUUCACCACCACUGGUGAUGUGCUGAAUGGCUCGGCGGUUUGUGUGUACCGCAUGCAGGAUGUGGCCCACGCCUUCAAGGGCAACUUUUACCAUCGGGACGGGCCACAGUACAAGUGGGCGGAGUUCACAGGAAGAGUGCCCUUCCCUCGACCGGGAACUUGUCCCAGCAGCACCUAUGGGAAUUACAGGUCCACCCGCGAAUACCCGGACGACGUCAUCUUCUUCAGCCGGACCCACCCUCUGAUGCAAGAGGCAGUGCUCCCAUUGGGCGGGCGGCCCUUACUCAUAAGAGUGGGCGUGGCUUACAAAUUUACCCGCCUCCUGGUGGACAGGGUGGAGGCUGUGGAUGGACAGUACGACGUGCUUUUCAUCGGAACAGACACGGGCCUGGUGCUGAAAUCCAUCCCUCUCCCCAGAGAGCACGGCCAAGACAUUACACUGGAGCAGAUGCAGGUCUUCAAGAACAAGUCACCCGUUACUGCCAUGACAUUGUCUAAGAACAAGCAGUGGUUGUUUGUGGGUGCUGCGGAGGGCGUGGCCCAGCUGGGCCUGUUCCAGUGUGAGCUGUACGGGCAGGCCUGCCCCGAGUGCUGCCUGGCCCGCGACCCAUACUGCACCUGGGACGGACACGCCUGCAGCCCCUACAUGCCCAUCGCACGCAGGAGAAAUAUCCGACAAGUUGGAGAUGCAGGGGAUCCACUAAAUCAGUGUGUGAGGCAAGGAGCUGGGCUGCAGGUGGAGACUGAGAGGCGAUCCAUUGUGGUUACCAUGGGCAACAGCACUUACCUGGAAUGCCUGCCAAAAUCCCAGCAUGCCUCAGUCACCUGGCUGAAGGAGAUGGGGGAGAACAGCGCCGAGCUUCACCAGGUGACCUCUGGGGAGAAGCUGGUGGUGAUUGACAGGGGCAUCCUCAUCCCCCGCGCGGAGCCCGCCCACCGGGGCGUGUACCACUGCCAGCUGGAGGAGCACGGCUUCCACUGGACGGCCGUCACCAUCCACCUGACGGUGGCGGGCCCCGCCUUCAUGCCCGCCGUCCCCGCCUCCGGUCCCUCCCAGUCCUGGUUCCAGGAUGUGAUGUCACUCAUCCACCCGGCCGAGCUGAGGCAGCGCUGCAGGGAGCUCGGCCUUCAGCGUCGCCAUGGUCACCGGGAGCGGGAGCGGGAACGGGAGCGUCACCGCGGACGGAAGAGGGGCGAUCGACACAGGGAAGGAGGAAGAAGUGGAGGAGGAGGAGGAGGAGGAGGAGAGGGGCGGGGGAGGAAGAGCAGGAGCAAGGCACCCACGUCAGCUCAGAGACUGCCCAGGAGCACAUAGACUUCUUCAUUCAAGCAUACACUUUACACACACACACUCAAGCGUGUGCCCAUGCACACACGCGCCUGCACGCACACACACACACACACACACACACACACACGCACGCACGCACGCACAUACCAUGCACUUAUAACUUAAUACUGACAUAUUCAACCCUAAAUACAUACAUACAGACGUGUAUGUACAGAAACAAACAUGAAUGUGCUUGUAAUACACAAAAGUAUGCAUUGACAGAGAUGGAUACAGUAAAUAAGCACAUAGUAUCAGUAUUCAACCCAUACCCACACGAAAAACACACACACACACACACACACACACACACACACACACACACACACACACACACACACACACACACACACACACACACACACACACACACACAAAGCUGAUGAACUGGAGAUAAGACUGACAAAGGACAUCAUUGCCAUGUCUGGUUGCUAAGCAGCAGAUCUUGAAGGACUGUAGGUGUGAAGGCUAAAGGAUGUGGUCCAAGCGAAUGGGCCUCAGAGACUGUGGAUUCACGCUCAGAAAGAGAGAGAGAGAGAUAAAAAAGACAGCAUGUCCAUCCUGUAUGAGAGGAGAGCCCAGAGUGUUGUGUUUAACCGCUGAGAUUGUACUCAAGAGAAGUCAAGGCGCUUCCUGUAGGAGUGUAAAAUUUAAAAAAAGCACAAUACAGUAUCUUCUCUUCUCUGCUAUGUUACAAAACAAGCUAUUGUAUUAUUAUGCUGAAAUGUACUUUUCUAUUUAACGGUCUAUGUCAUUUGUAUUUAUUAUUUCUGUUUUUGUUGUUCCUUUUUUUUCAAAUUUGUGAUCAUUCGUAACUCAAAUGGAAAAUGGGUGGAUUAGUGGCUAUGUCGGUACAGAAUGUUUAACUUUACUGAAAGUUUUGUUUGUUUGUUUGUUUGUUUUUCAAUACGAUGGCUAAAUGGUUAGUGCAUUCUGUUUUAAAUAAGAUGUAAAGGAGUUUGGAUAAGAGGUUUGGAAAAGACUUUGAAAAGAAUCCAUCCGGCCUAACACAUUUUUUAUUGGAAGUGGAUAAAAGCUAAGCUGUGGAGUUUCCCUGGCAGUGUUGCGCAUGGAAGAGGUCUGACCACCUCGUUUACGAGACAACUGACAGUCUGCCUCGUGAUUUUUUUUUUUAAAGAAUCUCUUAUGAGGUUAUUCAAAAAACAAAAAAUACAGCUUUUAGAAAAGGGGAAAAUGAGAAAUAUCGCUUGCUUCUCCAUUCAGCCACUUGAGGAAUCCGUGAUGGAGAGAUUUGCUGUGCUUGUGAUAUACGUAUGUGUCUGAUUGGGUGUUUGCAAAUAUGUGAAUAUGAUAAAGGACGAAAAGGUACAGUGCAUUUGUGUGUGUGUGUGCGUGUGUUCGUGUGUGUGCGCGCACAUGUGUGUGUGUGUAUGCACACGUGCGUGCAAACGCAUGUAUAAAUGUUUGCGUUUGAAUGUAUAUGUUUGUGUCUGUGUGUGAGCGUUUGUGCAAGCCUGUGAGUUCAUAAUACUCAACAGAGGGAUGCACGGUGUGGCUCCGAUCACACAUAAUCUCUCCUCAAUAGACAGCCAAGCAUCUCAUCUAUAGGUCAUCCCACAUGCUGCAGUGUGUGCCAUCCUCUUGCCGAUGCUUCAUCUCUCCCCUAAUGAUGUCUGUCUCAUCUCCAGCUACUUCCCUCUGCAAGACAUCAAUUUCUAACAUUUGUUGUUUGUUUCUUUUCACCGCAGUGGCUCUGUGAAUGAAAUAAAGUGUUUUCCAAUUGUUUUCUCCACACAAAAGUGGAAGUCCUGGCAUAUUUUUUCUUGGCAACACUCCAUGCCUUCCGUUCAGAGUCUGUGGUGUGUGAAAUGGAAAUUAUAAACUUGUGUACAUCCUCCCCUUCA